CGGCAACACUGGAGGCCGGGCCGGCCCCGCCAUGGCAGCCGAGUGGCUGCGGCGGCUGCGGCGGGGCGGCCCCGCGGAGCAGCCCGGAGGGACACCGGGCACCGGGCCGGACCCUCCGCCCGCCGCCCUCAGCUACCGCCGGCCCAAGUUCCUGCGUGGUGGCGCCGAGGAGAGCCCGCGGGACAGGCGGGUCGUGCGGGGCACCGGGCCCGAGCGGCCCCUGCCCUGGGGGACGGGCUACGCGGAGGUUAUCAAUGCUGAGAAGUCAGAGUUCAAUGAGGACCAGGCAGCCUGCUGCCAGAUCAGCAUCCGGAGGAGAGAGCCGGGCCUGGAGGAGGACGAGGAAUGGCUGAUCCUGUGCUCCACGCAGUUUCUGACUGGUUACUACUGGGCACUGUUUGAUGGCCACGGUGGCCCAGAAGCUGCCAUCAUUGCCUCCAACUAUUUGCACUACUGCAUCAAACAGAAGCUGGAGGAGGUUGUGGGAGGCAUCACAGAGGCCCGGCCCCCCAUGCAUCUCAGUGGGCGCUGCGUUUGUGACAGUGACCCCCAGUUUGUGGAGGAGAAGCACAUCCACGCUCAAGACCUGGUGGUGGGAGCCCUGGAGAAUGCCUUCCAGGAGUGUGAUGAAGUCAUAGGCCAGGAGAUGGAAGCUACAAACCAGACUGGAGGCUGCACUGCUCUGGCUGCCCUUUAUUUCCAAGGAAAGCUGUAUGUGGCCAACGCUGGGGACAGCAGGGCGGUUCUUGUUCUGAAGGACAACAUUGUGCCCAUGAGCUGCGAGUUCACACCUGAGACAGAGAGGCAGCGAAUCCAGCACUUGGCUUUUCUUUUCCCCAAGCUUCUGGGUGGCGAGUUCACGCGCUUCGAGUUUCCACGGAGGUUGAAGGGAGACGACGUGGGGCAUAAAGUCCUGUACCGGGAUUACUUCAUGGAGGGCUGGGGAUACAAGACAGUGGAGAAAGCUGACCUCAAGUAUCCUCUUGUCCAUGGUCAUGGGAAACAGGCUCGCUUGCUGGGGACUCUGGCUGUCUCUCGAGGUCUGGGGGAUCACCAGCUUGAAGUCAUCGACACCAACAUUGAAGUCAAACCUUUCCUCUCCUGCAUCCCGAAGGUGAAAGUAUUUGACUUUGCUCUGCAUGACAUUAAGGAAGAUGAUGUCCUCAUCAUGGCAACUGACGGUCUUUGGGAUGUUUUGUGCAACAAAGAGGUAGCCCAUAUGGUCAGAAGCUUCCUUGAAGAAAACAGGACAGAUCCUCAAAGAUUUUCAAAAUUGGCCAGGUGUUUGGUAUGCAGAGCAAGGGGAAAGAAGAGAGGCCACCAGUGGAUGCUGGAUGACAACCACGAGGCAUCCUAUGAUGACAUCUCUGUGUUUGUCAUCCCACUGCACAACCGGGAUGAGAACUGAUUGUUUGCAUAGGGCUCGGGUUCUCUGUGUCCCCUGCUGUGGUGCUGUACAGCAUCAACCAGGACUGAGGGAUUUCUGCUGUGCAUGUUCACUCUCUUCCAGUAAAACCAUCUGCCAUGGAACCUGAAAAUGCACAGCCAGAGCUUAGCAGAAGAUCAACAAGAACAUUAGCUCCUUACGAACGUUUAAGAGGAACGCUCUGCAACAAAGCAUUCCCCUCACUCCUUUCUCAUUGUUAGGCCAAGGAGAAAUUGCAAGGGGGGCCACACAAGCUGAAUGGUACUACUUCCACAAUCUUUGCAGCACAGUGAGACUCGAAUCUCUGGUGACCCUUCUCCCUUUUUAAUAUUGAAGAUCAGUUGAAAUCCAGUCUCCAGAGCUGUCUUUUAAUCAGACUUGAACUACAGUGUGUAAAACUGGAUGCACCAGCAUCAUACCCAUCUGCUGUAACUCAAGAUGUACUGAAAACCCAGGAGCUGCUAUGUAAUGCCAAUGCUGAGGCAGAGCCCAGACCUCUUGCGAAACCUGCCACGUGUGGGCAGCACCACCUUGAAACACGGGAUGUUAGCAGAUGAAGCCAGACAUUGGCAUCCAGGAGCCUCCUGUGUAAAGAUACGUGCCUUACUGUUAUUUGAGAGCAGUUAAGUAUAUUGGUACAUAAUGCAAUGUACAGAUUUCUAAC